AUGACAUCCACGUCGGUGGAGACGGAGUUCACCAGAGUGGGAACGUGCUUCUGCGGCGCAUCGCGCGUGGUGACGUCCGGCAUCCCGAUCGCGGUGAGCAUUUGUCACUGCAGCAUCUGUCGCACGCUCUCCGGGGCCCCGUUCACGGCGCAGGCGCUUUUCAAGGCGGACCGCGUGAAGUUUGAGGGCGACGAGCCGACGACGACGAGCACGUCGCCGCAGGUGAACCGAUGUCGAUGCGCGCGAUGUUCGAGCCCGAUGUACGCGUCGCUGAUGAAGGGAACGAUGAUGGCCGUGCCGCUAUCGCUGAUUAAUACUCCCGGGUCGAGCGAUAACCUCAAACCGACGCAUCACAUGUACUACGGGCACAGAGUCCUGGACGUCGACGAUGACUUGCCGAAAUUCGUCAAGAGCAAAGGCGAGCUCUGGACCCCUGAAUGCGACGUCGCAGCGAAUCAAAGCGCGUGA